GCCGCCUGGCGCCGGGGCGGGCUCUCACCGAGCAGCGCUUCCAGCAGCUCUACGGGGCGCCCGAGCCCCGGGGCCGCCCGGCGGGGACGCUGCGCCGGCGGGUGGCCCGGGGCUGCCGCUGCUCCGGGGCGGCCGCGCUGCGGCUCCUGCGGCGCCGGCUGCCCAUCGCCGCCUGGCUGCCCGGCUACCGCCUGGGGCCCUGGCUGCUGGGGGACGCGCUGGCCGGGCUCACCGUGGGGAUCGUGCACAUCCCCCAGGGCAUGGCCUUCGCCCUCCUGGCCUCCGUGGCCCCCGUCUACGGGCUCUACACCUCCUUCUUCCCGGUCAUCCUUUACAUGCUCUUUGGCACCGGGCGCCACGUCUCUACUGGCACCUUUGCCGUGGUGAGCCUGAUGACGGGCUCCGUGGUGGAGCAGCAGGUGCCCUGGCCCCUGGAGCCCAACGCCACCAGCGCGGAGCUGGCGGGGGUGGCGGAGCGGCGCAUCGGGGUGGCUGCCGCCAUGGCCUUCCUCGUGGGGCUCCUCAUGCUGGUGAUGUUCGUGGUGCAGCUGGGCUUCCUGGCCACCUACCUCUCGGAGCCCAUCGUCAAGGCCUUCACCAACGGGGCGGCGCUGCAUGUCCUGGUCUCCCAGCUGCCCAGCCUGCUGGGCCUGGCGCUGCCCCGCCACACUGGCUCUUUCACCAUCUUCAAGACGCUGGCGUCGGUGGCGCAGGCGCUGCCCCGGACCAACGUGGCCGAGCUGCUCAUCUCCGCCCUGUGCCUCGCCCUGCUGGUGCCCAUCAAGGAGAUCAACACGCGCUUCCGGAGCAAGCUGCGGACCCCCAUUCCGGGGGAGAUCGUGGUGGUGCUGGCAGCCACCGGCGUCUGCUUUGCCUCCUCCCUGGACACGCGCUACAAUGUGCAGAUAGUCGGCCACCUGCCAGCUGGGUUCCCGCAGCCCCGGCUCCCGGCCCUGCAGUCGCUGCCCCAGGUGCUGGGGGACACGGUGGCCGUCGCUUUCGUGGCCUAUGCCGUGUCUGUGUCGCUGGCCAUGAUCUACGCCGAGAAGCACAGCUACACCAUCAACCCCAACCAGGAGCUGCUGGCCCAUGGUGUGUCCAACCUGGUCUCUUCCCUCUUCGCCUGCUUCCCGAGCUCGGCCACCCUGGCGACCACCAACAUCCUGGAGAGCGCGGGGGGGCACACGCAGCUCGCCGGCUUCUUCUCCGGCGCGGUGGUGCUCAUGGUCCUCAUGUGGCUCGGACCCCUCUUCCGCUACUUGCCCAAGGCGGUCCUGGCCUGUAUCAAUGUCACCAGCCUGCGCCAGAUGGUCCUGCAGUUCUGGGACCUGCCCGAGCUCUGGAGGAUCAGCCGGAUCGACUUCGCUGUCUGGGUGGUCACCUGGCUGGCCGUGGUGGUGCUGAAUGUGGACGUGGGCCUGGCCGUGGGGGUCGUGUUCUCCAUGAUGACCAUCAUCUGCCGCACGCAGAGGGCCGAGUGCAUGGUGCUGGGCAAAGCGGCCAACACGGAAAUCUACCGGCCUCUCCAACGCCACAGCAAGUGCUUUGAGAUCCCCGGCGUGAAGAUCAUGGCUUACCACGCCCCCAUCUACUACGGCAACCGCGACUUCUUCCGCGAGGCGCUGAGCCGGCUGCUGGGCUUGAGCCGGCCGAAGGGCGGCCGGGGGGAGAAGGCGCCGCGGGCCGUGGAGAGUGGGGCCAAGAUGAGCAUCAGCACUGUGGAAAACUGUGUCCCCAGCUCUGUGCUGGAUGGGGGAGCCGGGUGCCCCAGCUCAGGCGCCACUGGCAGGAUCCAGGCCGCCAUCCUCGACUGCAGUGGGAUUGUCUUUGUGGACUCCGCCGGGGCCCGGCUGCUCAUUCAGAUGUGCGUGGCGUGCCAGAAGGCCGGCAUCUGCAUGAACCUGGCAGCAUGCAAUGGCGAGGUCCUGGAGACGCUGACCAGCAGCGGCCUGGGGCAGCACCUCUCCCCACAGCAGGUGUUUGUGACGGUCCAGGACGCCCUUGCCUACAUCACGCGAACCACGGAAAAGGUGGCUGAGAAGAAUCCGCCGAUCUGGGUGUAGGGGCCCUGCCACGGGACCGUGGGCACUGCCCGGCCUGUAGGGCCCCUGGGACCAGCCUGGCUCUUGGGCCGUAAAAGCAGGUUGAGCGCCAGGUGCUGUGAAUUCCUGCUCUGCCCAGGGGGCCAAGGAGUCGGUUGCAGACCAGAGCCGGGAUGGGGCCUCCUGCCCCAGGUCUCCAGGGCGGACUGACCUACAGCGAGCGGCGCCCAGGCGGGGGGGCAGCAGCGGCGCAGGGCAGAGGGACCUGGCUGGCUGCACGCAGGCAGGGCCGGUGCUGGCUGGGAAGCAGAGGGGGGGGCAGUCUGGGGGCCAGUGGAGGCAGGGGCCUGUCUGCCCCUGCAGGCCCCCAAAGGAUGCUGGGUUCCUUCCUUUGCCAAGACCGUUCUGGGGGCCGGCCCCCUACAGCUGGGACCAGCACGCGUGGGGGUACUGGCAUUCUGGGUGGGUGGGUGGGGGGGCUCUGUGCCUCAGCCCUCCCCCCUCCCCUGAGCCCAGGGGGCCCCCUGUCCAGCACCAGGUAAAAGAAAGACCCCCCCCCCCCCCGCAAGGUGAUGGGGCCAGGACAGGAGCUGGAAUUUACCCCCCCUCGACAGAGACUCACAGAUGGGGUUUAAACCACAGAAAAGAACCAAAAUCCCUUUAUUUUAUUGGCCUCCCCCAAUUGUCUGUGCUGGGGGGGGCCCAACUCCCACAGCCCCCUCCCAUGGGGCGGGGGCUGCUUUGGCUGCUGGUGUCACAGGCUGGCAGGGCCUUAGGGCGGGUGCCCCUGGCUGCUUCAUGCAGGGAAGGGACAGCAGGGAAUGUGCUUUGGCACACAGGGGCCUCUCCCUGCCUGGGGGGGCCCCCUGCAUCCAGCCCUCCCACCCCCUUCCGGGGAGGGUUGAGAGGGAGUCCAGGGAAUGAUUCCCCCCCCCCCCACCCCACACACUGUGGCUGGCUGCUGGCCCCGGCCCCCAGCACCACCUCUGCAGGCUGCAUCUGUCCCCUGCUCCCCUCCCAUAACAUGCCCCAGCACCCCCAGGGCUGGCCCCCGCCCCAGGCUGGCAUCACGCUACCCUCUUGCUAGCAAGGGGCUGGUGCCAAACUCCCCUCGCCCCCCCCCCCCGCUCCGGAG